AUGUUAUUUAACGCUAACUCUAAUCAUGCCUCAACAAAGGCUAAUGAAAUCACUUCGGUUAAAUCACAAGUACACAUUGAUGACUUGAAUAUCAAAUCUACAAUUUCUGGCCAUGGAAUAACCAUCAAUGUUGAUCAUGAGGUGGAUGCAGAUGAAGCUAAGGUGUUGGCAAUGGGAUACAAGCAAGAGUUGAAGAGAGAAUUUUCUCUUUGGUCAUUGUUUUCAAUGAGCUUUUCAUUAUUGGGUCUUUUACCAUCAGUUGCGGCAACUUUCAAUUAUCAACAAUUGGUGAUUGGAAUGUCACCCUUGCCAUGGAUAAUUGCCAUCAUAUUUAUCACAUCGGUCGCUCUAUCCUUGGCAGAAAUAUCAUCGGCAUUCCCCUGCUCAGCUGGUGCCCCUUAUGCUACUUCGCAAUUAGCUCCCGCCAAGUGCCGCACAUUUUUUUCAUGGUUUGCAUAUUGGACCAAUUGGUUUUGUCAAAUAACGGGGUCACCUGCUGUUAGUUCAACUUGUGCUAGUUUGAUAUUAGCUUUGUAUUCCUUCAAUAGCCCCACAUAUUCACCAACACCGGGACAUGUGUUUGGACUAUCAACAGGAAUCCAAAUUGUUUGUGGGGUCAUGUGUUCCAUGCCGGCACGGUACGUGGCCAAGUUUUGCUCGUUUACUGCAUGGUGCAAUGUGGCAUUUUUGAUAAUUGUAUUUGUCAUGAUCUUGGGAGGCAAUAAAAGGUUAGACUUGAAUGAAGGGAUCGUUUCCACCAAGUUUAAUUCAAAUUCAGUGGCGUGGUCAUUGGAAAACCAGACUGACUGGCCACAAGGACUUGCCUUUUUGAUUUCCUUUUUGGGGGUUAUAUGGGUCAUGUCGGGUUAUGACUCACCAUUUCAUUUGGCUGAAGAAUGUUCAAACGCGUCAGUGGCAGUACCACGGGCGAUUGUAAUGACGAGUGUUGUUGGUGGAGUAAUUGGCUUUUGCUUUAUGAUCGCCAUUGGCUAUACAUUGGUGAGCAUCUCUGAAAUAUCUAUGGACACACUAGGAUUAGGCCAGCCAUUUGUCUCAUAUUUGGUUCAAGUGAUGCAACAUAAAUUAGUUGUUGCUUCAACGGCGUUCACAGCGAUUUCGUCCUUUUUUAUGUCGCAGAAUUGUUUAUUGGCAUCAUCAAGAGUGACUUAUGCAUAUUCAAGAGAUGGAUUAUUACCUGGUUCCCAAAUUUGGAAAAAGGUAUCACCAGUAACUAGAACUCCAAUAUAUGCUGUUACCAUCAAUAUAAUCAUCGGAGAGUUGUUGCUCUUGUUGCUAUUUGCCGGGGAAGUUGCAUUAGGUGCCAUCUUUUCAGUUGGAGCCAUUGCUGCAUUUAUAUCCUUCACUUUGCCGACGCUACUUAAACUAACCACCGCUAGAGCUACAUUCAAACCCGGACCAUGGAACUUGGGUAGAUUUUCACAGCCUAUUGGGUGGGUUUCAGUGGCGUUUGUUGCCAUGAUGAUUCCUAUAUUGUGCUUCCCUACUGUCAAGGGCAAAG